AUGAAAAAUUCAAAUGCGCAAGUCCCUGGCUAUCGUUCAAGUAAGAAGCAAUAUUUUCGCGAAAAUGGCACGGAAAAACCGAACAGAAGAAAUCAUUCAACGGAAAAGUCAAAAUCCAAGAAAAGUCAUGGACGUUCUCAUCAACGUUCUAAUAAGCCAGAUUCACGUUCCGUAUCCUCUAUUCUUCCACCUCCGCCUGUUCCGCCUAAACGGAUGGAUCGAGUAGAACGUGAUAAUAAAAUUUCUUCAACAAAGUCCUCUACUAGCACUUAUUCUACGAGUACCUCUACAGGCACAUAUUCCUCAUCUAGCACUUAUUCUUCAUCAUCUAAUUCUAGCUCAGAUAGGUAUAUAAAAUUUUAUUUUAACAAACCCCUAAAUUUUAGCUGCUCUACUUGUUCAUUCAAUGACGAAGUGAACGAUGAUCCACAAAAUGAAGAGGAGAAAGACGUGAAAAAACUUAAACCAAUUCAAGAAGACGAAAAACCCCCUUCAGUAAAAACUGAAAAACAGCCUCAGGUAGAAAAACAGCCUCAGGUAGAAAAGAUAAAGGAACAACCUCAAGUUUCGAUACAGAAGAAAGAGGCGAGUGACUCUAACUUGCCUUCAACGUCAUCAGGUCCAUGUUCCUUAACUGCUCGUCUUCGAACUGUUUUUCUCCGUCAUGUAAAUAUUCCAUUAAAUAGAACAGAUGCUUCACUAAAAGAUCCUAGAAGACGUGAUAAAGAAGAAAAGAAGGAAAUUAUGGAUUUGGAAUUACCAAAAUUUGCGGUUAAAUUGAAACUUCCUAAACGAGAGAAUUCUGAAGUGAAGCAACGACUUCCAAAAUCAUCAGAUUCAAAAUCAAAAGAAUUUACGAGCGAGGAUUCCUUCGUUGGAACACCACUACAAAAAUUAGAGUCUGAAGGAAGUCGAAGAAAUUCGUUAGAAGAGAAAAACAUCAAAAGUGAAAUUGGUAAACUUUCAUUGACUUUACGCUCGUUAGGCAAGACCAGUGCUUUGUUCAAAGAAAUUAACAAUAAAAUCGAUGCUCGAAAAACAACUUUAAAAAUGGAAAAGAAGCCAGAAGAGGGUCAAAGGGAGGUGAAUAUUCAAAAAAUGGAACAAGAGAUGAAACAAUUUUUAGAUGUGUUUUCCAUUUCUUCAAGUUUUUCUUCCGUUUCUAACUUGACUGGAGACUUUUUACACCAACAUGUAGAUAAUGAAGCUUCUACAAGUCAUAAUUUAGAAGGGACGAAAGAAAAAACAAAUGAUCAACAAAAUCGGUUACCCCAUUUUGCCAAUCUGUCUCGUGAAGACUCUGCUUCGACCAGCAUUGACUUAAAUGAAAGAAGAACUACAUUACCAGCAAAAUCAGUGACUGAACCUGUUGCUGUUUGCACACAAAAACAACAAAUACAACCAAAAAGUUGUUUAGCUCCUAUUAUUAGACAACGCGCAUCCUCUUCCACAAGCAUUACUCAUUCAAUAGAAGAAUGUUCGUCUCCUUUUGUGAAACAAAUUGAAUCUGUUCCUGAUUUUGAUGUUCAAUCAGCAAGACUUAACAACACUCAACAAAAAUCUAAUGAAGCUACCUCACUUUCAAAAAUUGAAAAAGACGAAAAUGAUAACAACAGCUCUCCUCAACCUUUAAAAAAGUCAUCAAUAAUUCUCAAAAAGCCUUCAGUAGCGCCUUUACCAAUUCAGAAUCUGCAACAACAACAACAAUUGAAUAAACCGUUAAAUAUAACUCCAAAAUUGAAAACCGAGCCGAAAAAAUUAAUAACAACGCCAACUCUAACGACUCCAACAUUAUCAGAUACCUGUGAAAAGAAAUUAAAAUAUAAAUUUUGUGAGAAGGAUCAGCCUAAAGAUUUAAAAGUCAAACAACAUUCUCUUGCCAAAAUGCCGUCAACUUCAUCCGCUAGUUUAAUCCCGAAAAAAAUCAGCUUGUCAAAAGAUGAAAAAUAUAAAGAUUCUGACGAAAUAAGGAAGACAAAGGCAUUUUCUGUUGGCAGUAAAGAUCAGUUAAAAUCUAUUUCUAAAAAGAAGGGAACAUCUGAAAUUGAUUCAGUUACAGACGGGAAGCACUUGCGAAGAAAGAAAAGGCUCCAUCAAAUGCAAAAACAUGGAUCGUCUUCUGGAAGUUCUGAUAGUGAGGGAGAAAGCGAUACUGCGGCUUCUGGAGUUCUUUGGGAUGUUGACUUGGAGGAACAGAAAAGAAUGCUAGCGGCAAUAAAAUCAGGCGCUAAUUUUGGAAUGUCAAUGUAUGAUCGUGUUAAACGAAGAUCUUCUCAACGACCUGAUGAAGAAAGAAAGAAAUCACAGGCUUUGGAACAAUUGCGUGAAAAAAAGACGAAAAAGAAAAAAGAAUUAAAUCGUGUUUGCCUUAGUAGUUCUUCAUCCGAUUCUGAUGAAAGUAAAAAAGAAGAUGAUAAACAAUCUUCUUCGGCUCUUCAAAAUAUUCAAGAAAUCAAAAAGGAAAUGGAAGAGAAUCACGAUCAUUCAGAAGUUGAGGAAAAUGAAGAAUUAGUAGAUGUUGAACGACAAGAUUCAAUCGAACCUGUUAUAAACAAACUACAAGAUUCUAAUAAAAUUAAUUGUCAAAAGAAUGAAGUUGUUCCCUCUUUAAUAAGAAGACCACAAAUUGCUCCAAAAAAGCCAUCAAUGAUGGAAAGGAUUGAAAAGGAAGGUGCUUUUGAAUCUAAAGAAUCCUCGUCAAGUGAUGAAUGGAGUGUAAGUGUUAGCGCGGAUGAAAAAACAGAUAAUGAAGAACCUGGGAGAAUUGGAGAUAAAAUUGUUCAAAAGUUGCAAGCAGAAUUUAUUAAACAUCGUUCUAGUUCACCUCGUUCUGUGGAUGGACACAAAGAUGAUUUGGAUCAGAAAUUGACUUCCUUAAUUGAAAUAGCCAAAGAAGGACAUCAACAAUUGGAUGCAAAAAAGAUUGGUGCAGACUCUUGUUCAUCUUCUUCUACCUCUUCUGUUUCAAGUACCAGUGGUUCCGACACUUCUGAUGAUGAAGCGCGUUUACCUCCUAAAGGCUUUCCAAUAUUUAAAAAGCAUGUGCCGAAAAAAAUUGCCAAAAUUUCCAUGGUCGAUGUAUUCGGCGAAGAUUCUGACAGUCAAGAAGAACUCGAAAAAGAUAAACCAAUUGUACAACAACAACAGCCUGUUGUCCAGCACUCAAAGACUGAAAAAGUUCAAAAGAAUAGCAAUAAUGCAGAAGCCGAAAUCAAGAAAAAACCAGAUGUUGGAAAGACCAGUGUUGUUUCAAAUAUUAAACAUAAGCCUAUUAUAUUCAAAAAAGAAUCGGCUAAAUUAAAUAAAGAGGAAUCUAUUGCGGCAGAAAAGAAGGUUAUUGACAGAAAAAGGAAACCAUUAGAAAUAGAAUCCUCAAUAUCUGCAAAGAAGAAAUUCGAUAAAAAAGGAGAAAUUAAAAAGACAUCACAUGAAAGUCAUCCAUCAAAAUUGCAAAAUCAGACAUCAAAUUUGAAUGAACAAAUAAUUGAAAGCAAAGAAAAGCCGAAUGAAUCGAGCAUGGUCGUUAUAGCUGGUGGUUUUGUUGAAAUUGAAUCAAAAGUAUUAAAAGAACAACAUAGCGGCAAAACUUUGCUCCCAGAUCAGAAUCCAGAACAAAUUAAUACUACUCAAAUUUGCAACAAAGACAAAGAAGAAGAUUCUGAUAAAAUUAAACCAAUUGAACAGCAACCUCAGAAAAUAACGCCUGAAAUUUGUGAUUUCCCUAGAGAAAGUGCUGAUCAAGAAGAACUCGAUGCUAUUGCCAGCAUUAACAUUUCUGCUAAACCGAACGAUGAAUAUGACAAAUUAUCUAAAAAUGACUUUGUUUUUGGAGAAAAGAAAGUUAAUGAAAGAAAAAGAAAACCUUCAGAAGACAAAUCUUUCUGCAUAUCUACUCAAAAGAAAUUUGAUAAAUUGGACAUUCAAAAGGCACCAAAUGAAAAUAAAGAACCACAAGUGAAAAAUUCAAAUAAGGUUUGCGCUUCAGAGUUGAAACUUACUCCAUUCACUCCACACGGUGCUUCUGGGUUGAUAAUUGAGAACAAAGAAAAGAAGAGUGAAGCACAAUCUGUCGUUAUAGCCACUGGCUUUGUUGAAAUCGAUGCUAAAGAGUUAAAGAGACAACAAGAAACUGAAAAACAAGAAACAAAUCAGACUUCAAAGCAUGUUAUUUGCGACAAACAAUAUUCUUCUACACAACCAGAACAAAAAUCUUCUGAUAUAUUUGAAACAUUUGAAUCUUCUGAGAAGCAACAUGAUCAUUCUGCUGAUCAGGAAGAACUAGAUGCUAUUGCAAACAUUAACAAUUUUACUAAAUUGAAUGAUGAAUGUGAUAAAUUACCUAAAAGUGACGUUUUUGUUGAAAAGAAAGUUAAUGAAAGAAAAAGUGAACCUUCUGAGAGCGAAUCUUUCGAAAACAUUCAAAGACUCAAUCUAACUUCUCAACAAAAAUCUGAUGAAAAAGAAGACAUUCCAAAAGCUCAAAAUGAAAGUAAGGAAGAAUCACAUUUGAGGAAUUCAGAUAAGGUUUGCGCUUCAGAUUCAAAACUUUCUUCAUAUACUCCACACAAUACUUCUGGAUUAAUCAUUGAAAGCAAAGAAAAGACGAGUGAAUCACAUGUGGUCGUUAUAGCCACCGGUUUUGUUGAAAUUGAUGCUAAAGAAUUGAAAAGACAGCAAGAAAACGAGAAAAAAUCAUUGGAUUUAAAUCAAACUUCGCAGCAUGUUAUUUACGACCAACAAUUUUCUUCUAUUUAA